AUGGAAGAAAUGGAUAAGUGGAAUAAAACUACAUCAAUUCAAGUAACUGAAUUCAUUCUCAUGGGCAUCACAGAUCGUCCUGACCUGCAGAUCCCGCUUUUCUUUGUUUUCCUCAUCAACUAUCUGGCCAUAGUUUUUGGGAACCUGGGCUUGAUAAUAUUGACCAAUAUUGAUUCUCACCUGAAAACGCCCAUGUACUUUUUCCUCAGGAAUCUGGCAUUUAUUGAUCUUGGAUACUCCACAGCCAUUGGGCCUAAAAUGUUGGCUAAUUUUGUAGUGGAAGAAAAUGUCAUAUCUUAUACUGAAUGUGCAAUCCAGCUAGUUAUUUUUGUAACAUUAAUAAUAAGUGAACUUUUUAUAUUAUCAGUGAUGGCCUAUGACCGCUAUGUAGCCAUCUGUAAUCCACUCCUUUAUAUGGUCAUCAUGUCAGACAGAAUGUGCUACCUCUUAGUGGCCAUCCCAUAUCUCUACAGUACCUUUGUAGCACUGCUAGUUACAAUUAUGAUUUUUAAUUCAUCGUUUUGGAAAUCUAACAUAAUUCGUCAUUUCUACUGUGAUAGUCUCCCUCUCUUAAAUAUAUUAUCCAGUGAUACAAAAGAUAUAGCAUUAAUCAUACUGAGCCUUUCUGCUUUUAAUUUGGUUUUCUCCCUCUUGGUUGUUCUUGUUUCAUACGGACUGAUUCUUAUGGCUAUCCUCAGGAUGAAAUCUGCUGAAGGUAGACACAAAGCCUUCUCCACCUGUGGCUCCCAUCUCACAGUGGUGGUUGUAUUCUAUGGGACACUUCUUUUCAUGUACCUGCAGCCUCAUUCUAGUCAUUCAUUUGAUACAGAUAAGAUGGCUUCAGUCUUUUAUACCCUAGUCAUUCCCAUGCUUAACCCUUUGAUUUAUAGUUUGAGAAAUAAGGAGGUAAAAGGUGCCUUGAAAAGAGCAUUAGAAAGUCAAUGCAAAUGUCUUACUUGA